UGGUGGAAGAAUCUGGCUUUCUCUUGAAAUUCUAUAUUAUAUAUAUAAUAACCUAGCGUCUCAAAAGAAGGUACUUGCACAUUUCGAGACUCGAUCGACAAAUUAAGCUUCUCUACGUUUCAGGUCAUUUCGAUCUCUGUAUAAGAAUGUAAACUCCAUCAUAUAGUUGUAGCUGCGUUUUCUCUAUUUUCCUUUUCAAUAUUAUGGGACUUGUUCCUUUCCCCUUGCCCUGUCACACAAAAGAAUCUACUGAAGAAUCCUUAACCUCUAGCUCCACGACAUCCGGUCUUCACUCUGUGUCAUCAACCUCCUCCUCCCUAUCGUCCCAGCCAAGUCUCCCUUCUGUUCUUUCUCUUACUCCAUCAAAAUCCAACCAAUUAGAAGUACUGGGAUCCCCAAGUGUCCACCACCACUGCAUAGCCACCCUCCAAUCCCAGUCAUACAUCUGUACCUUAGCCCUUUCUGGAAACUUCUUAUACAGUGGCUCAUCCGACGGCCGGAUUACAGCGUGGAGUAGUAUCCUAUCACAUCCUUCAAAUCCACGGUACAACAAGGUGGUAGCCACUCCCAGCACUGUAAAGUCUCUGGUGGUUGUUGGGAGCGGGGACGACCGCAACAAGCUCUUAUUCAGUGCUCACCAAGACCAUAAAAUCCGAGUCUGGAAAAUCAACACGACCGACACGCAUGAAAAACUAAAAUGUAUAGCCACACUCCCAACUCUAAAUGACCGUGCCACAAGAUUCUUCUUCCCCAAGAACUACGUGCAAAUCCGGCGCCACAAGAAGUACACCUGGGUGCACCACGUCGACACCGUCUCCGCUCUAGCCAUAUCCAACGACGGGUCGUUUCUCUACUCCGUUUCAUGGGACCGGACACUCAAAAUAUGGCGGACUUCCGAUUUUAAAUGCUUGGAGUCGGUGAGCAACGCCCACGACGACGCCAUCAACGCCGUCACUUUUUCACGUGACGGAACGUUUGUAUACACCGGCUCCGCGGAUAAGAAAAUAAAGGUGUGGACGUGGAAGAAAGACAAGUCAAUGUCAGUGAGGCUUGUUGGAACUCUAGAGAAGCACAAGUCAGCUGUGAAUGCCUUGGCUUUUAACACCGACGGGUCCGUGCUGUACUCCGGUGCCUGCGACCGGUCGAUUUUGGUUUGGGAAAGAGAUGGUGGUGCGGACGGCGGUGGGGGGCACAUGGUGGUGGUGGGUGCUUUGAGGGGACACACAAAGGCGGUAUUGUGUUUGUCGGUGGUGGCAGAUUUGGUGUGUAGUGGGUCGGCAGAUUAUAGUGUUAGGGUUUGGAGGAGAUUAUCGUCAGGGCUAGUUGGCGAUUAUCGUAAUAGGAGUUAUUGCUGUUUGGCUGUGUUGGAAGGUCACAGGCGGCCGGUGAAGUGUUUGACUGCAGCUGUUGAUAAUACUGAUUCUGAUUAUUCUGGUGAUUCUUAUUUUGUUUAUAGUGGCAGCUUGGAUUGUUAUAUUAAGGUCUGGCAAAUACGGGUCCCCUUUUCAUAAUUUGUAUUUAUUUAGGUUCUACAAUAUUUUUUUCUGGACUUUAAACAAUUUUUUAUUUAUUUUGGUUCUA